GAUUGAGUAUUUAUCUACCACUGGUCCGCCAGUCACCGCCGCCGCAACAGCAACACUUGUCCACUGUCGGCGAUUCACACUCCACUCUGCCCCGCACUCUUACACACACCACUCCGAUUGGCACUCGGCAUUUCGGCCGUUGUGCCGUAUCAGUCGUUUACCGUCGUGCAGUGUGUGCGGUUUGUGCUGUUGCGUUAUUAGUGAUAGUGUUGUCCGUCGCUUGCUCGGGCCCUGAUCUCUCACUUUUUUUUGUCUAUCGGCCUUGGCGAACGACCGAUAUUAAUGUUAUUAUUAUUAUCAUUAUCAUUAUCAUUCGACGACAAUAUCAAAUGCCCACCGCCUCUACCAACGAAGAAAAAAUACCGAGAAAAAUAGGAAAACUCGGAAUUACUCGCGUUAUCCCGUUCUCGUAAUCAUCGCCGCCACUUGUCGAUCGCAAUUCGUGGGUACCUAUUACCUUAAUCAUUCUGUUAUCUUCCGCCGCGUGUGAUGGAUUGAAUAGAAAGCUGUGCACGCACAGCGCGCCACCACCGAUCCUCAUAAGACGCGCGUUACGCUUACGUCCGACUCGCCGCGUCCGUAUGCAGUGCGUAAAUUACUGUUAUUAGUGUUAUUUAUUUAUAUUAUUUAUCAUAAUAUAUUAAAUCGUAGUUUAUUUUUAUUUACUAACCAUACACUGUUGUUCGCUGUUCAUGGUUUUGUCGUGUAGAUAAGUAUCGUGUUCGAAGAUCACAACACCUUGGUAAACCUAAACCUUCCUAUGCUAAUGACAGUUUUUAAGACCCGAGUAUCUACAGAUCGAUAUUAAUUAUAGUAAGUUUCACCUGUACAGGUCGUUCGGAUUCGUUUAUUACACGGAAUAAUAUUCUAAUAAUAUGAAAGCAGCGAGUCCGUUCCCUGUUAACAAAAUGGAAAAUCGAUAUGUUGACAAUGACGAAGACAACUAUUCAGAUGCCAGCUCAUCGCUGGCUCCUAACGGUUCUGUAGUGUCUACAGUGCCAGAUAGACAUGGUUUCCUAGGUGGUGCCCAAUAUCUGAACGAAUCGAAACACAUGAUAUCAGCUAACAAAACAAUAGAACGUGAACGAAAAUGGCUUAAUAUGACUGCCAAUUGGGAUAAACAAAUGAUUAGGAAUUUUAGAAAAGUACAGAACAGAUGUAGAAAAGGAAUACCUCAAUCAAUCAGGCCUAGAGCAUGGUUGUACUUGACUAAAGCAAAUAAAUUGUUGGACCAAAAAAAAAAUUUGUAUUUUAAGUUAUGUGACCAGCCAGGAGAUCGUAAAUGGAUUGAAGACAUUAGAAAAGAUCUACAUCGACAGUUCCCAUAUCAUGAGAUGUUUGUCGACAACGAUGGAACUGGCCAAAAAGAGUUAUUCAAUGUUCUCAAAGCGUAUACAAUAUUAAACCCUGUAAUUGGAUAUUGUCAAGCACAAGCUCCAAUUGCUGCAUUUCUUCUCAUGCACAUGCCAGCUGAGCAAGCAUUUUGGUGUUUCGUAGCAAUUUGUGACGAUUAUCUUAGUGAUUACUACAGUCCAGGAAUGGAAACAUUGAUUAGAGAUGGUAAUAUACUUUUUGCAUUGUUAAAAGAACGUGAACCAAAAAUUUAUAAACUUUUGAAAAAGCAAAGUAUUGAUCCAAUUAUGUAUAUGACUGAAUGGUUUUUAUGUGCUUUCACAAGAACAUUGCCAUGGCCCACUUUGUUGAGGUUUUGGGAUAUAUUUUUGUUUGAUGGCAUUAAAACGUUUUUCAAAAUGGGUUUAAUAAUGAUUAAAAUAUCAUUACCAGAAAAAUCAUAUUCAGAUCUCAAAAAACGUUUUCCUACCAUGUGUGAAACUUUAGAAGCUUUACGAAAUCCACCUUUACAUAUGCUCGAGGAAGAAAAAAUUAUUAAAAAGCUCAUACUAUUAGAAAUACCUGAAGAUACAUUCAAAUAUUACCAUAUACAACAGUCCUCGUUGAGACGAAAAACAAAAGAAGCAAAAAAACUUCGAGAAACUGACGUGUUCUGAAUACUUGCAAUGACUAUUUUACAAAAAGUUACCUUAAAGAAAACAGGUUAAAAUAAGAGUAUAAUCUUGAUCUAAUAUAUAAAAUAUAUAUUGAACUGGUCCUUUAAUAUUAUAUAUUAUCAAAAAAGAAUUUAUAUAAUAAUUGUUAGUCUUCCAUAUUCAUAAU